AUGCACAGGUAUGAAAAGCAGAAAAGCAGUGAGAACACCGUUGUAAUCGACCCUAAAACGCCUGUCCUCGUCGCGCCAGUGGGUUCGCUAGUGGUGGACACGAACUCGCCUCAUCAGUGGUUUGGAAACCUCGUCACGAUGGUGUGGUGGACCCAUCUGUGGGCUGAACGAGGGCUUUGCGUCGUGGAUAGAGAUCUCUGCGUGGACCACUGCUUCCCGAGUACGACAUCUGGACCCAUUUGUGUCCGCGGACUACACCCGGGCGCGGACCUGGGACGCUUUGGACACAGCCAUCCCAACGAGGUAAACGUGGGCGCACCCUCGGAAGUGGACGAGAGUUUUGACGCCAUCCCUCGUACAGCAAAGGAGCGUCCGUGA